GCACUAGCGCUAGAGAGCACACAAGAGAGCUCCGACUGAAUGCAGGAUGGAUUCUUUCUUCACUUGCUGACAACUUUGAAGAAGGAGAAGGAAAUAUUGUGGAAGGCUGGAGCAGACGAUGGAGCAAUACGAAGUUUGAGGUUACUUGAACUUUGAUUCAGCCAAUAAUCUACAAAAAAAGAGAGAAUUGGUUGUGAUCGUUUUAUCUUGUAGGGGGAAAAGAAAUUCAAGAGAUGGACAUCGACUUGAGCACCAUUCCUCCAAAGCCGCCGAGGAUUCCACUACAUGUUGAUGCACUUGCCUCCCAGGUUCAAGAGAUCCUGGGUGAGGCUUCUCUUGAGGCACCGAAGAAACUGGAGGAACCUGAAGAAAGGGAGGUGUGGUCCAUGGAGGAGGGGGAUGACUCUGUGUUCUACAGUGAUGAGGAACAACCUCAUGAGGACGUUAAAACAAAAACACCUGCUGAUUAUAGUCCUGAACAUCGUGUCAAAACAAAUAGUUUGGCAGAAGAUGAACCGACCCAACAGUCAGAGGAGGAUUCCGGAAAAGAAUCCAUCUUCAUCAACAGGGAAAGCCCAGAGGCUGAGAUGGAAACUACGCCACAGAUCAGCCUGAAUGAGCAACACAAGCAAUGCCAAGAUUUCCCGACAGCUGAAUCCACUGAUCACUUGGAUCCUGCAGAUCCAGGAGCAGAGUCAAACCAGAAUCCAGAGAAGCUGGUGGGCAGCUGUGAAGGGUCUCUUCCACCUAACUGCAUGAAUCCUGACAUGCAAGAAGGAAAUACACUGAACGAUAAAGGUAAGACGAUUUCUGCGUUGUUGUGCUUUGAAACAAAGAUUGAGAGGACAGGUGAACAGAAUACAAAUCAGAUGAUCCUCUUCUUUGUCUUCCCAGAAAAUCUCCUAGUUGAAAAGGAAGAAGUUUCUCUUGUCACACAGACACCAAACCUCGAACCCUUUGAUGUUACUAAUGAGGAGAGGAGUACAAGGCUGAAUGCGGAGACAGGAGUCCCAGAGCAGAUGCCUAAAGUUGAAGAACCAAUGUCAGGCACAAAGAAGCAGAUUCAGACAGACCAGAAGCCAGAAAAGGAUCCCAAGUUCUCUAUGGGGUUUCAUCAAAACCCCAGCCCAGGCUACGCCUCUUUGCCUCACCCUAUGAAAUCAGGUCAACCAAAGUCUGGUCAGCAGAGCUCCUUUGACCACCUCAGAUCCUCCAAAUACAGCACUGUGUCCUACCGCAGGAUCCUCAGAGGCAACACACGCAAGAAGAUAGAGGAGUUUGAGUUCAUGAUGAUGAACUUGUAAGAUGCUAUUUUUAUGAUAUGAACCAUUACAAAAGUGGUGCAUGUUAAAGGGAUAUUCCGGCGUAAAAUUAAUUUAGGGUCAAACAUACCGUAACACCGAGUUAGACACCCAGUCGAGAGAUGAAUGUUGCCGACUGCUUGCUUCUCUAGUUAUAUCAACUUUAGCAAAGACUGCAGAUAGCAAUACAGAGAGCCACGCGCUCAACCAAAAAGCCACUCUAUAGCCACAAAUAAUAAUCAGAACAGCACCUAACUUCAUCAACAGUACAUAUAGGGUCCCAGCCAUAGUACUAGCCAUCAAACAUCUUUUUAGCUUUGCCUGAUUACUUUAGCAAAGAGACUAAAUACAACUCACCAACUCUCUUCCAGCAGCCGCUUGUUUGUCGCAAGACCUCCGGCGAGUUGAUCGACUGCAGUGGGGUGACGCAGCUCAAGGAAGAACAUUUAUGAUCAUUACUUUAUCAUUUCUUUGAAGUAAUAAUCACCAUAUUAAUCAUUCUGCACUGCAGACACGGUAGUUCUUCUGCCUUAGCGUCUUGGUCUGAUUGCAUUUCCAUGAAGAAAUGAUCAAAAAAUGUUUUUCCUUGAGCUGCGUCACCCCGCAGCAGUCCUUAAUGGACUGGCCCGAGGUCUCGCCACAAACAAGCGUCUCUUUGCAAAAGAAAUCAGGCAAAGCUAAAAAGAUGUUUGGUGGCUAGUUCUGUGGCUGGGACCUUAUAUGUCCUGUUGAUGAAGUUAGGUGCUGUUCUGAGCAUUAUUUGUGGCUAUAGAGUGGUGUUUUGGUUGAGCACGUGGCUCUCUGAAUUGCUAUCGUGCGGUCGUUACUAAAGUUGGUAUAUCUACAGAAGCAAGCAGUCAGCAACAUUUAUCUCUCAAUGGGGUGUCUAACUCGGUGUUACGGUGUGUUUGACCCUAAAUUAAUUUUAUGCCGGAAUAUCACUUUAAGUUCGUGAAAACUCCCAAACUCAACACAAUAGAGUCCAGAGGAGUGAUCUCUAUCUGUUGUGUAGUGAGAUAUUGGAGGACAGUAUCUAACAGCCACCUGACAUCUAAACAGUGAUGGAUAUUUUCAGUUUGAGGAAGAAGUCAUCUCAUGAUGUAAGACAGGUAUUUGAGCAGCAGAUUAAAUAAGAAGCUCAGGGUUUAUAAUCCUCAUACUUGUAAUAACUGAGCUACUGUUAGGUAUUAGAGCUUCAGUAUCUUAACCUCCUGCAGAGGAACUAUUAGUGGAAGUACUCAAGUGAUUAACUACUUACAUGUCUUAAUGGUUUCUGGAUGUGAGUGAAAUAAAGAGAUAUGAGCUAUUAAA